UGCGUCAGCGGCGAGGGGCGGGGAGGCCGCCGGGGGAGAUGAUAUCAGGCGCCGGGCAGCAGGACCGGGCGAAGCCGGAGAGCAUGUCAUUCCCUGUGGAUAUAUUGAACAAUUGCAGUCAUGAGGAACUGGAGAACUCAGCAGAGGACUACCUCUUUGCCCUUCGGUGGAGGAAUCCAAACGCUCCUGAAUUCUUUUCUCUGCCAGACCACCGCCAGGUUCCUAUUACCUUGACAUCUGUGAGCUUUGUUCCUCUUUACGGUCAAGAGAAGGCAAACAAAGUUCUUGCACUGUUUGCACCAUGGGACUCAUUCACAGCUGUAGCCCUGUAUCUUGCUGACCAGUGGUGGUCAAUUGAUGACAUUGUGAAAACAUCUGUCCCUGCUAGACAGGGGCUUCAUCAGGUGAAGUCUGUUGGAGAGAGAGUUGUUCUCUAUGUUCUAAAUCGAAUUAUCUAUCGAACCCAAGAAAUGGAAGGAUAUGAGCUCCCAUUUCUCUGUCAUGAUAGCAGCCAUUAUGCUAAGAUCAUGUGGAAAAAAGGAGAAGCUAUUGGGUUCUAUUCUGUUAAACCUACAGGAAGUGUUUGUACUUCUCUUCCUCAUCAGAAGUAUAAGUUGCCAGUGCUAGACACAAUGUUUGUUAGAAAGAAACAUCGUGGGAAUUACUCUGGGUUAAUCAUGUUGGAAGACUUUGUGGAUUCCUUUGCUGAAGAGUCUCUUGGCCUGCGAUAUCCACUGUCACCUUUCAUGUAUACAGCUUGUAGGCAGUACCUUGAGAAGUACCCUGAGGAUACAAACCUUCUGUGGCAAGUGGAGGGAGGAGGAGAUUGGUUCCAGAAAAAGUCUAUUAUGUCUAUAAUGCAAAAGGAAGGUCUCAAAAUUGCAGCAGGGAUCUCAAAGACGGCAAAUAAGAGUUUGCAAGCAGAGGACAAUUCUUGUCAGUCUGCAGUAUCUGAAUCAGUUGGAACCGGGACUGAGGUAGAAACACAACUAAGUGCUGACUCUCAAAAAGGUGAAGAAUCAACAGAUGUUCAUGCAAGCACAUCUGAAGACCCUAAUGCAACUCAUGCUCCCUUCUGGAUACGAUGCAGUCCUUUAAAACGUCAGAGGCUAAAUAGAAGUAGACAGCAACCUGGACUUGAAACUUCCCAACGAGAUGAGGGAAAUGCUCUUCGAAUGUCCAAAAGCAGGCCACCACUUCUUUCCCCCAUAUCUGAAAGCCCUGAAGACUUAGUAGAAGUGCCUAAGGUGGAUACUGUUGAGAAGGAUAAGGAAAUAAUUGUUGAAAAUGAGGACCAGUCUGUAUUAGAAGUGGAAAUGCAUGUAUCACCCUCUGAGAAACAAAGUGAGAUGGAGGAAAUGCCAUCAGAACCUCUUAAUGGUGAGGUAGCAGAAGAAACUGGUAAGACCUCACUCAUGGCUGAAGGGGAGAUGGUAAAUGAAGUUCCAAGUGGCGAAUCAAAAUUGCUGUCUGAGAAUCAAGGAAAAGAACCUGUAAUGCCAGUAGUUCCAUUAACCCUUGAUGCUCCAGCAAAACCCCCAGAAGACACUGAAUCAGAGAAGGUUUUAAAUGAAAAUGAUUCAGAAAUGCUGGCUGAAGAAGUUACAUCAGUAGAGAAGGAUGGUACCGAAGAACAGCAAGAAUCUGAAAAGGCCAGCACUGAAAAUGCAGCUGCUGUGGCAUCAAAGGAAGAGCCCUCUGACAAUGGCCAGCCCAACUCUGUGGUAACUGAAGCAGCAGAAGAAUCUGUUUCUGAAAACCUACCUUCAGCAUUAGAAGAUCAAAAUGAGGAAGCAGGGCACAACUCGCAGGAGGCCGCUGCUGCCUUGAAUCAGAGCUCCUUGGUAAUGGUUGAACUUGUGGGUGUUUCUUUUCAGCAGCCUUCUGGUCAGGAAGCACAGAAGAACCAGUUGGAAGAGCCCUCAGAAGAGUCUGCAGAGCAGCCAGAUCACGACACGCAGACAGUGGCAGAGCGGGCUGCAGACAGCAGCUCUGAGGAAGCAGAAAUUGAGGUACCUGUUGUAGAUCGGAGAAACUUGCGAAGAAAGUCUAAAGGCUACAAAGGUCCACCCAAGAAAAAAGGGAAGCCAGCUUAAAAAUCAAAUAGUGAUAAUUUAUCUAUUUAUAACAAGGCUAUUUUGUGUAAAAUGUUAAGGUGUAACUGCACCAUAUCUGGCACAGGACACAUGUGCUUAAAAUUCUGUGCUGGAUUUCCUCUUGGGUUCAUCACCUUUCCUCAAGUUUUGAUUUGUUUGUUUUUUAAAGUUAACCACUAGAAAUUGAGCUUCUUCAUAGUAUGAAAGUAAAUAGCCAGUCUCCUCCCUUCAUAAAGGA